CUGCGAACGCUCUCCUCCAUCAAGCCCGUUGCCCCCCAUCCGCAUCUCUCUGUCAUUAUGAGCUCAUCGGAAAGCAGCGCCGCAUCCCCGACCUCGUCUGUCGUCACUGUCCGUCUGCCGAGCGGCAGCAAGCUCGAGGUUCUGGCCGACCCGCUGUCCACCACUGUUCUGCAGCUCAAGGAAAAGAUCGCCGUCCUGGGCAACAUUCCCGCAGCCGAGUCGAGACUGGUGUUUGCCGGGCGAAUCAUGUCGGACGACUCGAGUCUGCUCUCCGAAUAUGGCAUCAAGGACCGGGGCGACAUCAUCAAUCUCGCGCGCAAGGCCAGCAACAGCCUGACGGCUCCCUCGGCCGCCUCGCCCGCUUCCUCGGUCGUCCCGACUCCGGCCACGGCCCAGGCGUCCAGCCCGUUCGGAAACAUGAGAGAAAUGAUGAACAACCCGCUGAUCCAAUCGCUGCUCGACAACCCGACUUUUAUGGAGUCGAUCCUGCAAAGCGAUCCUCGGCUCCGGCAAAUGUCCGAGCGAAAUCCAGAGGUGGCGCGAAUGAUGCGUGACCCACAGUUUCUGCGACAAAUGUCAGAGACGAUGCGGAACCCGGCACUGAUGCAGGAGAUGAUGCGCAAUCACGACCGACAGCUCAGCAACAUCGAAGCCAUCCCCGGAGGCUUCAACUACCUUUCCAGCAUGUACCACGAGAUGGAGGAGCCCGGCGACACAGCUGCCGCGACAAGAGAUUCUGAGGAGGCGAACCGACGUAUGGCGGAGGCUCUUGGCGUGAGCCAGACUCAUGCCUCCAGCGGACCCAACGAUCAGCCCCUCCCGAACCCGUGGGCCCCAACAAGACCGGCAACCGCUCGCAAUGCGACUACGCCUGCCAGCCAACCUGUGCCCGCCGCCCAAGCACCAUCCCUUGGCAUGCCGUUUGCUUUCCCGUUCGGCGCACCGGCCUCGUCUGCCGGAGCGACCACUCCUGGUCAGGCUGCGGCGGCUGGCAGCGUUGAUGAGCAGCAGAUUCUUCGCCAGCUGGAGCUGCUCAACCUGGUCCUGGGCGGAUCGUCGCGAACGGGGCCCUCAGCACCCUCAGCGCCCUCUACAACAGCGGCAACGACGACGACUCCAACCACAACCCCGACUUUUGCGGCACCCACCACAACGACACCGGCCGCAUCGGCUCUGCCGACGACUCCCCAGACUACUCCGUUCCCUGGAGCCUGGGGCGCCCCGUGGAUGAUGGGGCCGGGUGCCAAUGCCAAUGCUGACCCAGCCGCGCUCCAGCGCCAAUUGGAGACGCUCCAGUUGCUCUUUGGCGGAGGAGCGCUGGGCAGCCCCUAUGGUGGGGGCUUUGGCGGAUUCCCAGUCUAUCCCAAUGCCGCUGGAGUCGCGGCUAUGACGCCAACGGCCGGCAGCCCAGGUGGAACGGCCCCGGCAUCUACAGUCACAAGCGCCGAACGGCACCAGCAACUGAAGGAGCAGCACCGUCCUCAGCUCGAUAUGCUGAAGGACAUGGGCUUUGACGACGAGGAAAAGUGCCUGAAGGCACUCCUGGCAUCGGGCGGAAACGUUGAUGCCGCUGUGGGAUACAUGCUCGACAUGUAGAAACUGGUGGUGCCGCGGUCGCCGAUGGGAUCAGGCAGGCACACUGGCGGGGUGUGCUAUGAAUACAUAUUGGCGCACUGGACAUGAUCCGCCACAAACUGAAGUGGUCUGAUGGGGAUGCAUGAA